ACGUUUCUUGGUGCUGUUUCUCACCUGGCGCUGAGUGAGACUUAUUCAAGCGUCGGCCCCUUCGCGGCCUCCUCAGCGUAGGGACGCAGAAAUGAUCAACUUCUGCAAUGUGUAGAGUUCUAAUAUGGUGGCUGGGCCUGUAUUUACCAUGGCGUCAGAACUCUGUAAAACAAUAUUGGAGGCAAAGCUAGAAAGACACAAGAACUUAUUUUUAAACUACCGAAAUCUGCAUCACUUUCCUUUAGAGCUGCUGAAGGAUGAAGGUCUGCGAUACUUGGAGAGACUCUAUAUGAAAAGAAAUUCAUUAACCACCUUGCCAGAGAACCUUGCCCAGAAGCUCCCAAACCUUGUGGAACUGUAUCUCCAUUCAAACAAUAUUGUUGUUGUACCUGAAGCAAUUGGCUCCUUGGUUAAACUGCAGUUUCUGGACUUGAGUGACAAUGCUCUGGAAAUCAUAUGCCCAGAGAUUGGCCGCCUGAGAUCUUUACGCCACCUUCGAUUGGCUAAUAAUCAGCUGAAAUACUUGCCAGCAGGUAAGGUUGGGGAUCUUAGAGAGCUACAGACACUGGACAUCUCAACCAAUCAUUUGAUCACUUUGCCUGAACGGCUGCACAAGUGCCUCUCCCUUCAGUACCUAACUGCUGACCGGAACCAUCUAUGGUAUGUCCCUCGCCAUCUCUGUCAGCUUCCCAGUCUCAAUGAAUUGUCCAUGGCUGGAAACUGCCUUGCCUUCCUGCCACUUGAUUUAGGUCGCUCUCGAGAACUACAGUACGUUUAUGUGGAUAACAAUGUUCAUCUGAAAGGGCUCCCCUCUUACCUAUAUAAUAAAGUCAUUGGUUGUAGUGGCUGUGGUUCUCCUGUUCCCAAGUCAGAGGUGAAGCUUCUCUCCUUUUCAUCAGGACAAUUGACAGUUUGCCUCCCAGCAGAGGUGAAAUCCAUAGGGACGGAAUUGGACCAUGUGCUGCCCUUGCAAGAGAUGGCCAUGCGGACGCUGUUUAACACAUACAGCAGGCUUUUAAAAGGUUUGAAGUUCCUGACUCCGAUCGCGUUACCCAGAAGUCUCUUGGAAUUGCUGCACUGCCCUCUGGGACAUUGCCACCGUUGCAGCCAGCCCAUGUUUACUAUUGUCUAUCCAAAGCUCUUUCCCUUAAGAGAGACACCAAUGGCUGGAUUGCAUCAGGGGAGGACAACUGUUAGUUUUGUGGCGUACUGCUGCUCCACCCAGUGUCUGCAGACUUUUGACCUAUUGAGUUGAUAAAUACUUAAAGCUGUUCAGGAGCAGAGCCAGCUUAAAGCUGCAUUAGACGGUGUCUCCUGAUGGCACUGGAAUACUGCGAGUGUGUGCGCAUAUGUGCCAAAGCAGCAGGAAGGGUGCCCGGCUGGGAACACAACAGAGAACCCCUUGAAUCCUGCACCGCUAUCAAGUUUGGAUGAAAGACAGAAACGCACUUGGAAGCAUUUUCAUGCUUUAGAAAACCUUAACACCUUCCUGUUUUCCCCCAGGCUGAAUGUAAACCAAGCAAACAUGGAAGCAAGUGAAUGUCCGGGACACUCUCAUGUCUUGCACGUAUGAUUCUAGUUGCAUUCGUACGCAACUUCAUUCAAAGAGGUUUCAGCCACUUGGAUGACAUAAACUCAUGUUGUUGUUUUAACAAUGUAUUUGCGAUACUUGUAACUUUACUCCUUCCCUUCACGACCGUGGGCUAUCUGCCCUUUUAAGAGUAGCCAUUUAAGGUAACAUGUUUAUUUGUGCCGGUGAAAAUUCUCCCCUCCCACCCACGCACCCACCCCACUUCUGUUUUUCCAUUCAGGAUCAAAUAGGUUCUUCUUCCCCCACUGACACUUAGACAAUUAGUGAGACUAAUAAAUCUACUUGUGAAAAAAAAA